UCGCUGUUGUAUGGUUGUCAUUCCAUCGUUCUAUCUGAAACCGUGAUAGAUAAAUGGAAAAUAAUUAACACCAUCACAGCGAAAGGCUGCCUUAAAAUAAACAAAAGUUGUCGUGGUGAAUGCGCUAAUAAAUAAGUUAAAAUCUUUAGAGUGUACUCUUUUCUACAACACUGCCAUGAUCGAUGUUGGAAACAAAGAUGGCGGAAUAAUACGGUGAUCAUAACCAAACGUUGUUUUGUAGCGUUAUGUGCGGUGGUACGUGGAGGUUGCAGCAGUGUCAGGGUGCUUGAAAGAAGAGGAGAGGCGAGAUGGGGGCGCGGCCGGGGUAAUGCCGCCGCGGCCUGCGGCUGGCCGCGCGGCCAUGGCGGCAGAGGAUGAACGACCACCGUUCCCUCUGUUUACCGCCGUCUACGACUAUGUGGCGCAGGGCGAGGACGAACUCUCCUUACGGAGGGGUGAGAUCGUCGAAGUCUUAUCCAAGGACUCAAACAUAUCGGGCGAUGAAGGUUGGUGGACGGGCAAAAUCGGGGACAGAGUUGGCAUCUUCCCUGCAGUGUACGUGACAGAAGAGGAUCCAUUGUCGGUGGAGCCACCCCGCGUGACGUUCAGUGAGCUCAAGCUAGAGGAAGUGAUCGGUGUGGGUGGAUUCGGUAAAGUGUACCGCGGUUACUGGAACGAUGAGGUGGUGGCUGUCAAGGCGGCGCGCCAGGAUGCGAAUGAAGACAUUGAAGUUAUCAAGGAAAGCGUUUUGCAAGAAGCGAGACUGUUUUGGGUGUUACAGCAUGAGAAUAUAGUGUCUUUGAAAGGCGUGUGUUUAGAAGCGCCUAAUUUGUGUUUGGUGAUGGAGUAUGCACGUGGCGGACCGUUGAACCGGGUGUUAUCAGGCAGGAAGAUCCGUCCAGGCAUCUUGGUGGACUGGGCGAUACAGGUAGCACAAGGUAUGGCCUACCUACACUGUGGUGCACCUAUGGCACUCAUUCAUCGGGACUUAAAAAGUUCAAAUGUGUUGCUCAGCGAGACAAUCCUGCCUGACGACACGUUAGAAGACAAGACGUUGAAGAUCACAGACUUUGGGCUGGCGCGGGAAGUGUACAAGACCACACGGAUGUCUGCGGCGGGGACCUACGCCUGGAUGCCGCCAGAGGUGAUAAAGAACUCAACGUUUUCCCGCGCGUCAGACGUAUGGUCGUACGGCGUACUCCUGUGGGAACUACUGACGGGCGAGACCCCGUACAAGGGCAUAGACGCGUUGGCGGUCGCGUACGGGGUUGCUAUCAACAAGCUCACACUGCCAAUACCCAGCACUUGUCCAGAGCCCUGGAAACUGCUUAUGCAAGAUUGCUGGCGCUCAACACCCCGCGACCGGCCUUCGUUUCCGGAAAUUCUGGAUCGGCUAGAAGAGAUUCGAGAGUCAGAAUUCACCCGCGCUCCCCACGAGUCCUUCCACACCAUGCAGGACGGGUGGAGAGUCGAGAUUGAAGAGGUUCUGGGCGAUCUCAGAAGAAAAGAGAAGGAGCUGAGAUGGCGCGAAGAAGAGCUGACCAAGGCGCAACUACAACAACGGCUGAUGCAGCAGAACCUCGCGCAGAAGGAACGAGAACUGCAAAUGAGAGAAUUCGACCUGGUGGCCCGGGAACUGCACAUCAUGAUCUUCGCCAGCAAUAUGUCCCACCAACCGCCUCCGCCCAAUAAACGCAAGGGCAAAUUCAGCAAGCCGAAGCUGGUGAAGAAGGACACCAUAUCGUCUCCUUUGGACUUCCGACACACACUUACAGUCCGGCCGUCGGACGACGAGUCCAGCGUGAAACAACUUGUGGCCGUCGCGAAGGACACUCCACCAGGAUCCCCUCAUAUCAUGAGGGCUAUUGCUCUGCCGGCGGACGGCGUGAAGGGCAAGACGUGGGGCCCGUCGUCGGCGCACGGGCGCUCGCGCGGGCACCUGCCGCUGCCGGCGCUGCGGCCGCGCGCCGCGCCGCGCAUCUCCAGCUCGGCGCCCGACCUGCCGCCCGCGCCGCGCCGCACAGGUUGUUUUCUUCCUUACACAGACUUCAGUCCUGAGGAAUGGGGGCCGGAAUACCCUCUCAGUACUUCAUCACGAUAUUCCAUACCCAUGCCUACGUUAUAUAGCACCGAAGGUUAUAAAUACAAAAAACCGAGUAUAAUAGAGCUGGUUCUAUACAAUAUGGCCGCGUUGCUAGGCGGCGUGGCGGCUGGAUAUGAUGUCAGAGUUUCCAAUGUCAGUCCGUUGCAUCCUACUCUUCAACCUCAUGGGCCUGAGAUAGAAACAGAACCUUUGAGCUCGUCUGUGUACGAGGGUUACGGCUUCGCUCAUAACACGUACCACGGCCCCACCAGGCAUCUGAGAGCACCGCUGAAUGCUAUUACCGGAUCACCUAUCUCCAGUAUACAAACUGAAGAACAAAAACCAAUACGCUUUACGGAUUCUCCAACUCACUACGCACACCCUUCGUCAUCGUCUGGCUACGGGCACUCUGCGCAACCAUUAUCGGGUACUUCGGGUCUCGGUACCAACUACACUUCUACCCAGCCCACGCCUUCGCCUAGACGAACCUCAUCCUCCACUUCAGAUCAUCUCGCCGAUUUGUAUCAUAACUAUAGAGAAAAUUUCCAACCUUCCCCCUCUCAAGAUAGAGACUACUAUUAUAGAGCUGAACCGUACACAUACGACAGAACAGCAGACUAUGUUGUCAAACAUCCCUAUUACGGCUACGACGAGUGCUCUUCCUUCGAAUACAGAGAGCCAACGCCGGACUAUCGACCACCACCUCAAUAUCUCACCCAUAGACGGACUCCAUCUAACUCCUCAGCUUCUAAUUCUCAUCCAGACGAUGCACCCUUCUCCCCAUCAAGACAAUAUAGAGCAGAAAAGUACGGUUCGAAAGAAAGAAGAGACGAUUAUCGCACACCUAAAUCUGAGUAUCCUAGAAAAACAAGUGAUUACUCAUUACCUCGCGAUUUCUUUAGACAAGACUCGUUAGAAAGAGCGGAAGUAGAGAGACCAGCAAAUCUUGGGUUGGACCUUGCGCCGACAAAAUUGAGAUCUAGUUUAAAAAAGUACAAUAAAAAAUCGAGUGCUUCAGGCGGCAGUUCAGGAGGAGGGACACCUACUAACCCCACGCCUCCCGAUAGUUUGACAAGUGAAACCGAUAGUUCGUACGUGUCCGCUAGGGACGCCUCUAGCGGCUCGCAGUCUAGAGUAAGAUUCAGUCCAGAGGCAAUGGAAGGGAACGCCACUGAGAGGAGGCCAUCUCGUCACUCGUAGCGAAGGCUGAAAAAGUUCAACGACUACCUUGUAUGAUAUUGCAGCGGGACUGUAACAUAUCGCUUGCAGGUAGUGCGGGGAACGCUUAUGCUUUUUAGCAGAUUUUGUUCUAGUGUUGUCUAUGAAUUUUGAUGUGAAAAAGACAAGGAUAUAUGAACAUGUUUAAGUUUACAUUUUACACCUCAACUUUGAAGAUGUGUUUUUGCGGUUAAAAGUGUACAACUUUAUGUAUUUAUAAUGGCCAUACUGUUUCUUGUGAGAAGGAACUGCAAUAAGCUAUGUAUUGUAUAAACUGCGAUUGUGUUCAUUAUUUAACGUAGAAUCAUUGUACAAUAUGUAUAAAAGUAUGUCAUCUGAAAUAUAUAAUCAUCUAAAUGUAACGCGUUUAAAGACAAUACAGUGCCUCUAGUUUUAAUAUUAAUUGGUCACAAUCACAUGUAAAAAGGCUUCAUAUGUUCACUAGUUCGUGAGUCUGAAAAAGAAACUCAAUAAGAUACAACUUUGUAAUAGGUAUGUACUAUAUAUAAUCAUAUCGGCACAAAAAUGCUUUAUGUGGUGUAUAAAUUGUAUAUAUGUAAUGCAGACAUUUUAAAGUAUGUAAUUAUUUUUAUACAACAAAUUCUGGCAUUUUUAUUUGUUAUUAAUUGCUUAAAUAUUAUUUUUAUUAUAAUUUUGUUAAAUUAUAAAUAGUACAAAUGUAUUUUAAGAUGUUUUAUGAACAAUUAUAUCUUGUUCAUGCGUAAUGAAGGUUCUUUAAUCUCGACUUAAUAAAUUGUGUAUAUUUAACUAACAUUAAUAUAUUAUGUAUAUCAAGUAAAUGAGUAGUAUUCAUUUUGUACAGAAGAGAUCAAAUGUUAGAUAUUUUUUACUUCAAACAGUAAAUAACAAUUAAUAAAAGUCAGAGCAGCUUUUGUACCCUACAAUGUAUUAUAAAAUUAGGUGAAAGUAUUACUAGUCGGAAAGCAAAAACGAAAUAUUGCAUAUCCAACUAUAAAAUUGAUAUUGUAUUUGAUAUUAUGCUUCCUUAACCUGAAACACUGGAUUAUUUUUGGAAAUAAAUAUAUCUACUUUUAAUCUUUUGCGUUGCUUAUUAAUGUAAAUAACACAGGUUUGCAAGUUCAUGUCUGACUAUGGCCUUUAAUAGGGCCGAAUCGUCGACUAUGAAGAUAAUUAUAAAUAAAUUAAGUGCGCGUUUAAACCGGUUUAUUUACAAUACUUUCAAAUAAAUAUAUUGCGAAAUUUUAUGUUAAUGAAAUGGCCUAGUAUGUUUGAAAAUGAUAAAAACAUCUCACAUAUUUAGCAUUAAAAUUACUAUAAGGUGUAUGUGUAUAUCGAAAAAUUAAUUAUUAUACUUCUUAGCUUUGAUAUUAUUAGCGAAAACCAGUGCCUAAUAUUUGCUGGAAAGGUUUUGAGAUUACGUAGAAUGAAAGCGAAAUGAAAUUAUUUGGAUAUUAUACGGUUAAGGCCAGUAAAGCAAUUUAAAGACGCGAUAAAUUUUAUUUACGAAGUACACUUUUAUUCCUAGUGCAAUAUGGAAAACGUUUUGCGUCCAUUUUUUUAAUUUUAUUUUUGUUAUGUAUAUAAUUUAAUCAACGCGAUUUUAUCAGUAUUUAAAGCAGUAUUUGAGAUUCAUUGUCGCUUAAUAUAUAUACUGAACUGAUAUUGGAAACAUUCUGUAUGUUGUACUGUGUGAUUUAUUUAUUUAUUAAGUUAGCUUCAAUCAGUGCCAAUGUCCAGUGUGUUAUAUACAUAUCGAAGUUUCAUCCUUCUUUUGUUUUAUGUCUUCAGUACAAACCAAAUCCUAACCAAAUUAUUGUAAGAAUCUAAAUAAGUUCAGAACCCGAGUCACAAAUUUUGAGUCAAUGAGUACACCACACCGUUGUAAAUAACACGACGCAAAUGUAAACAAAACUCUAGUCUUGGAUUUUUUAUUUAAUUUUAAUAUCAGGCUAGCAUUCGAAUUGUCAACGAACGACUGGCGAAACUACGAAUGAAUUUGUUUAAUUGUAAAACAUAUUUGGGCAUUCCAUAAUUUUUAUGUAAACUUGACAUUCCAGUGUAGUCAGAGGUGAUAUUAUAUGCUCACUCAAGCGUUCUUAGUCGAAAGUAACGAUGGUUCUGUGUGCCAAUAACACGAGGUGGGAGGAUGCCUUACAUCUGUAUGUUAAAUCGACAAAUAAACCUUAGAUUAAGCUUUUUA